AUGGAUUUCGCACUAAAUAUCGAAAUUCCUGGAGUUGUUUUGAAUGACGACUCCACAAGAAAUGAGAUUUUAAAAAAAGUGAGAUCUUUUUGUGGUUGGCGUCAGGAUACUUUUCCUGGCUCACAACCCGUAUCCUUAAACAAACAAAAACUCGAAUCUUGCAUUGGAAAGAACCUUUAUGUGGCUUGUGAAAAGACUGAUGGAAUUCGUCUCCUUCUAUAUGCGGCUAGUAAACGGGUUUUUCUAAUUGAUAGAAAUCAACAAAUUAAUAUGGUAAAGAUGACUCUUCCAAGUUCAUACUGGGAUACGGUUUUUGAAGUAAAGAAUUCAAAUAGGAAUUUCGAGAAUUCGGAAAUUCAAAAAAAUUUGUUGGAAAAAAACUCUGAAUUACUAAACCUAGAUUCAAGUAGAGAUAACCAUACACAAUACUUUCAACAAAAUACUUUAUUGGAUGGAGAACUGGUUAAAGAUAUUGUUGAGGUUGAUGGACAAAAAAGAUAUAUUUUAAGAUAUUUGAUCUAUGAUUGCAUUUGUAUCGAAAGAGAUGAUACUGUCAAAUCCCUGCCUUUAUUAGAACGACUUAAAUUGGCAUAUCUGAAAGUUGUAAUUCCAAAAUGUAGAUAUGAACAGAAUAGGAUUGCAACAUUGUCUGAUCCCCCCCCAUUUGAGUUGUAUCUUAAGGACUUUUUUGAAGUUGAUGAGGUUCCAGCAAUAUUAAAUUUUUCAAAACGUUUACCACAUCCAAGUGAUGGGAUAAUCUUCACACCAGUUCACCUACCAUACAUUCCUGGAACAUGCCCCCAACUAUUGAAAUGGAAACCACCUCACUUAAACACAGCGGACUUUGCAGCGAUAUUUUAUGCAGAAUCAGAGUCUUAUGAUUCUCGUGUAUUUCUUGAACUUCUAGUUGGAAUUCGAGGUGUUAGAGCAAGUGUCAACUGUUUCUGUGUACCAAAAGGAAAUGUAUAUAAUCAGUUGGUAGAUCAAUUCAAGCUAUACAGAACUUCUGGACAAAUACUAGAAUGCUACUACGACGAAAAUGUAAUUUAUUCAAAACCUGCCAAAUCUGAAGAUGGAAACAUUUUAUGGGACAAACCAUUAACUACAGUUCAGGGUGGGUGGAUAGUUGAAAGAAUAAGAUCAGAUAAAAACUCCCCAAAUGAUAUUAACACAGUAAAUCGUGUAUUCGAAUCUAUUAGAGAUGGGAUAAACAGUGAAGUAUUAAUCAAUACUAUAAAACUUUACCAGAAAAGUGGGAAGAGGUCUGUUGUCGAAUACUGCAAUCUUCCUGAGUCCGUUUCAAAUUGUAGAAAAAACCAAAAUGAAGUCAACUAUAACGAAAUAUAA